AUCCGUCGGUCGGGGUUCGCUUCUGCGCCAGUCGCUCCCAUGGCUUAUUACAGCGGGCAUCUGGCGCCCUAUUCCAAGCCGUCUCUCCCAUUUACUGGCCCUAUUCAUGGCGGUCUUCAUGACGGAUUGAUGGUUAUCAUCAGUGGAACUGUUCUUCCUACAUGUGACAGCUUCAAGAUAGACUUUCAGUGUGGAUCCUGCCCAAGUCCUGAUGUUGCUUUUCAUUUUAACCCACGAUUUGAAGAGGGUGGAUGUGUGGUUUGCAAUACUUUCGAAAGUCAGAAUUGGGGAAGAGAGGAGAGGAAAUAUGAAAUGCCUUUUUUAAAAGGUCACCCCUUUGAGAUUCGGGUUUUGGUAAAACACGACUCAUUCCAGGUUGCUGUAAAUGGAAAUCCCUUUGUGCAGUACAAGCACCGGAUUCCACUUUCCAAAGUGAACCACCUUAGUGUGUCUGGGGGUGUGGACGUGGCAAUCAUCAGCUUCCAAGAUACUGCUCCCCCAGGUGCUUGGUGUCCUACGGCAGCUGGGAUCACCAAUGCAGCUUUCCCACCUACACAGUUUGCUCCUGGAUCAACAUAUAGUGUGAGUUCAAGUGAUGCUGAAUCCAUUUGUAUUAAAUGA